AGUUCCUUAUUUGGUAGCUCUGGACAGAACUAGUCUUUCUUACAGCUAAGCAUCUUGACAUACAUUAUUCAUUAAGCCCUGGAACUCAGGGAGAGAAAGAUGCAGACCCUUAGAUCUUUAGAUAUUCCUUUCUCACUUGUUUUUGCUUUAUUCAGAAUAGUCGUUGAAUUUUAUUCUGUCCUGGAAUUUUACAAAUGGCAUGUAUUCAAUGGGAAGACGGCUGGAUGGGAUCUAAUGCGAGGCUUUCUUAUGUAUACUUAAUUACCAAAAAUCUUUAAAAACCUACACGCUUCGUGGCUUUUGGAAAUUGUUUAAAUGUCCACAUUUUGAAGAUAAUACACAUUUUAGAAUUUACUAUCUCUCUCUCUGUAUAUAUUUAUAUAUAUAUAUAAAAUCAAUCAAAAAUGCCUGAAGCAAACUAUUUACUGUCAGUGUCUUGGGGCUAUAUAAAGUUUAAAAGGAUGCUUAAUCGGGAGCUUACCCAUCUCUCUGAAAUGAGUCGGUCUGGAAAUCAAGUGUCAGAGUAUAUAUCAAACACAUUCUUAGAUAAGCAACAUGAAGUGGAAAUUCCUUCUCCAACUCAGAAGGAAAAGGAGAAAAAGAAAAGACCAAUGUCACAGAUCAGUGGAGUCAAGAAAUUGAUGCACAGCUCUAGUCUGACUAAUUCAAGUAUCCCGAGGUUUGGAGUUAAGACUGAACAAGAAGAUGUCCUUGCCAAGGAACUAGAAGAUGUGAACAAAUGGGGUCUUCAUGUUUUCAGAAUAGCAGAGUUGUCUGGGAACCGGCCUCUGACUGUUAUCAUGCACACCAUUUUCCAGGAACGGGAUUUAUUAAAAACAUUUAAAAUUCCAGUAGACACUUUAAUUACAUAUCUUAUGACUCUCGAAGACCAUUACCAUGCUGAUGUGGCCUAUCACAACAAUAUCCAUGCUGCAGAUGUCGUCCAGUCAACUCAUGUGCUAUUAUCUACACCUGCUUUAGAGGCUGUGUUUACAGAUUUGGAGAUUCUUGCAGCAAUUUUUGCAAGUGCAAUACAUGAUGUAGAUCACCCUGGUGUGUCAAAUCAAUUUCUGAUCAAUACAAAUUCUGAACUUGCCUUGAUGUACAAUGAUUCCUCUGUCUUAGAGAACCAUCAUUUGGCUGUGGGCUUUAAGUUGCUUCAGGAGGAAAACUGUGACAUUUUCCAGAAUUUGACCAAAAAGCAAAGGCAGUCAUUGAGGAAAAUGGUCAUUGACAUUGUACUUGCAACAGACAUGUCGAAACACAUGAAUCUGCUGGCUGAUUUGAAAACUAUGGUUGAAACUAAGAAAGUGACAAGUUCUGGAGUUCUCCUUCUUGAUAAUUAUUCCGAUAGGAUUCAGGUCCUUCAGAAUAUGGUGCAUUGUGCAGAUCUCAGCAACCCAACAAAGCCUCUUCAGCUGUAUCGCCAGUGGACGGACCGAAUAAUGGAAGAGUUCUUCCGCCAGGGAGACCGAGAGAGAGAGAGAGGCAUGGAGAUAAGUCCCAUGUGUGACAAGCACAAUGCAUCUGUGGAAAAAUCACAGGUGGGCUUCAUAGACUAUAUCGUUCAUCCUCUCUGGGAGACGUGGGCAGACCUUGUACAUCCUGAUGCCCAGGACAUUUUGGACACUUUGGAGGACAAUCGUGAGUGGUACCAGAGCACAAUCCCUCAGAGCCCCUCUCCUGCACCUGAUGACCAAGAGGAGGGCCGGCAGGGUCAAACCGAGAAAUUCCAGUUCGAACUAACUUUAGAGGAAGAUGGUGAGUCAGACACUGAAAAGGACAGUGGAAGUCAAGUGGAAGAAGACACUAGCUGCAGUGACUCCAAGACUCUUUGUACCCAAGACUCGGAGUCUACCGAAAUUCCCCUUGAUGAACAGGUUGAAGAGGAGGCAGUUGGGGAAGAGGAGGAAAGCCAGCCCGAAGCUUGUGCAAUAGAUGAUGAUUCUCCUGACACGUAACAGUGCAAAGACUUUCAUGCCUUUUUUUUUUUUUUUUAAGUAGAAAAAUUGUUUCCAAAGUGCAUGUCACAUGCCACAACCAUGGUCACACCUCACUGUCAUUUGCCAGGACGUUUGUUGAACAAAACUGUCCUUGACUACUCAGUCUGGCGCUCAGGAAUAUCGUAACCAGUUUUUUCACCUCCAUGUCAUCAGAGCAAGGUGGACAUCUUCAUGCACAGCAUUUUAACAAGAUUUCAUCUUGUAGAGCUGACAAAGCAGAUAAAAUCAACUCCAAAAUGUUUUCAAGAGACAGUGGCUCAUCUGGCAACCCAAAAGUUGAUUGGGGGUUACUUUUUUUCUUAUUUGUUUGCAAUAUUUUCAGAAGAAAGAAGGCACUACAACAGAGUGAACUUAACAGAUGAAAUAACAAAUAUGUCAAGAACAGGACACAGCAUGAAUCUGUUACCAGGAGGAGGAUGAGCCACAGAAGUUGCAUAAUUUUCUAAUUUCAAGUCUUCCUGAUACAUGACUGAAUAGUGUGGUUCAGUGAGCUGCACUGAUCUCUACAUUUUGUAUGAUAUGUAACACAGACUUUUUGUAGAGCUUUACUUUUAUUAUUAAAUGUAUUGAGGUAUUAUAUUUAAAAAAACUAUGUUCA